UUUUGUCCCUUUCAGCUCUCAAGUUCCUAAGACUAUUGGCUGACUUUCAUCCAGGCAUUUUAUCUUACUUUACUCACAAGAUUUUUCUGAAGCUGACAUGGGUGGUAGGAACUGUGGAUGCCAUUCCAAGCUCCUGGGAGGAAAGAGAGAAUAAAAAUGUAAUAAACUUUGCGUUGAAGAUGGCCUCAUGUUUGUACGAAUGCCUGUGUGAGGCAGAACUUGAAAAAUAUUACCCCCAUUUUACUGCCCUUGGUUUUCAGAGGAUCGAUGAACUUGCCAAGGUCUCCAUGAAAGAUUAUGCCAAACUGGGGGUACACAACAUGAAGGACCGUAAGCGUCUGUUCCAGCUCAUUCGAAUCAUCAGAAUGCUGCAGGCAGAAGAAGCAACCGCAGGGAGAAAGCAGGCGGGUCUCCAGGCCGGUGCUGUCCGUCUUCAGCCACAAGUGUCUAGGUCUGGCCCUCGGAGACAACUCCACUUCGAUUCCCUGUUGGACGAAGGAGAUGGAAGGAAAAAUCUUGAACCUGGACCGUGUGCAUUAUCUAGUUGCUUUGGGAGCAAAGAUAAAGAGGAUUUGUCUGCUGUGUUGAGCAGUCAUCAAGCUGAGUACGAAAGGCCCAGGAAAGAGUCUUUGAUGUGGACAGAAUACAAAGUGGGCGUUCCAGUUAUCAGCUCAUCAAGUGAUAUUGCCCCUCUUUUGGGGGAGAUUGAAGCCCCCUUUGUUCAAAGAGUAGCUCACGUUUCGGGUUAUAAUUACGGAGUGCCACAUUCUUGUAUCAGAUCUAUUUCUUCUGAGAAAGAGACUCCAUGGACUGAAACGGACAAGAUCCGUGUUUGUGUGCGAAAGCGUCCCCUCGGCUUGAGAGAGGAGCGGCGCGGAGAAGUAAACAUCAUCACAGUGGAAGACAAGGACACUCUUCUGCUCCAUGAGAAAAAGGAGGCAGUGGACCUCACACAGUACAUUUUGCAGCAUGCGUUUUACUUUGAUGAAGUCUUUGGGGAGACCUGUUCCAAUCAGGAUGUGUACCUGAAGACCGCUCACCCCCUCAUCCAGCACAUUUUCAACGGCGGCAAUGCAACUUGCUUUGCCUACGGGCAGACAGGGGCUGGCAAGACCUACACGAUGAUUGGCACUCACCAAAGCCCAGGGCUCUAUGCUCUGGCGGCCAAAGAUAUCUUCAGGCAAUUGGAAACAUCCCCCACCAGGAAAGAUCUUCAUGUCUGGAUCAGUUUUUACGAGAUCUACUGUGGGCAGCUUUAUGACCUGCUCAAUGGAAGGAAAAGGCUUUUUGCACGGGAAGAUAGCAAGCGUGUGGUGCAGAUAGUUGGGCUGCGCGAGAUCCAAGUCAGUACUGUCAACCUACUUCUAGAGGUGAUUUUGAAAGGAGGAAAGGAACGAAGUACAGGGGCAACUGGAGUCAAUUCAGAUUCCUCACGUUCCCACGCCAUUAUCCAGAUCCAGAUUAAAGAUCCAGCAAGCAGAGUAUUUGGGAGGAUCUCCUUCAUUGAUCUGGCUGGCAGCGAGAGGGCAGCUGAUGCCAGAGACUCUGACAGACAGACAAAAAUGGAAGGAGCAGAAAUAAACCAAAGCCUCCUCGCUCUGAAAGAAUGCAUCCGUGCCUUGGACCAGGAACACGCUCACACUCCCUUCAGGCAAAGCAAGCUGACUCAGGUCCUAAAAGACUCUUUUGUUGGCAACUCCAAGACAUGUAUGAUUGCCAACGUCUCGCCCAGCCACAUUGCAACGGAGCACACCUUAAACACCUUGCGGUAUGCAGACAGGGUGAAGGAGCUGAAGAGGGGCAUGAAGUGCUGCACCCCGGUUGUGAACAGGCGCCGGGCGACAGCAAACGUGUCUCCCAAACGCAUCCAGAGCUCUCCUUGCGCACAAGGCGGCGAGAAGAACUCGCCAAAGAAAGUAAAGCUGGGGCUCCAGCACCCGGCUUUGUCCAAGAUCAAGGCUUUACCAGUGCAGCUCCCUUUCUCUUCUGUCUCCAAAGGACAGUCCCGCAAAGGGAAUUUGGGCACUCAGGACUGGCAUAGCUGCGGCAGCUCAAGGCCUGGGGCACCGGCUAAGAAGGCGCCCGAGGAUACCUCUCUCCCUUUUGAGAAGAACCCGUUUGGGAAGGACUUCGUGGCCAGGAGCGCUGGGGUCAAGUGCCUGAAAGUGCAGCCUGUGCAGAAGCAGGUGGUGUCCAGAGCGGACUUUUCGCUUGGUGACACCGACCGACCCUCGAUAGUUUCCACAGAGGAAGGAGGGAGGCUCUUCGCGGAGCAGUGCAAGGCGGCCUGGACAGGGCCCCCUCCGCACCAGAGAGACCGGGAGCAGCACCUCCGCCUUUAUCACCAGCAGUUCCAGCAGCCUCCCAUCCUGCAGCAGAAGCUGAGCUACCAGCCGUUGGAGAGGUUCUUAGCCCAGUACAAGCCCCAGGAGGUACGGGUGAGAGCGGAGGACACCCUCCCGACCCCUCUCUCCCCUCCGGACUGCGACGAGACGAUGCAGCUGGAAGACCUGGACGACAGCGACUUCAGCGAGGACUCCUUCUCCCCCGGUCCAAGCACCAGGAAGACCGAGGGGCAAUCUAGACAGGAAUGCAGCCAGGGCUCGUUCUUCCUCCACCGGCGAGAGCACGAGGCCGAGGGCCAGGAAGUCCAGGCUGGACAAGAACUCUUCUCCAAACAGCCCGAGCUUGAGGAUCAAAGGAGGGAAGCUUGGACAGGGAUGGAGGAGGCUGCCACCCGCAAGGAAGACUGUAAGAGUCAGUCAGAGUGGAAAACAGAGGCAUCUGCGGCACCCGCUUCCUCUCUGAAGAAUGAUACGCCAGAAAAACCGUACUGCUCACAGGAUGACAGUGUUGUACGUAACAGCAUGAGCAAAGAAACUCUGCUUGAUCCAAAGAAGCCCAGAUGUUCAGGUCUACCUCUAAACUGUUCCAACAAGUGCUUCUCUGUUGUAAAAAAUGCAGCGACAAGUACAUUUGCCCACCUGUUGGCAUCUGAAAGCCCCAUCGCUGAUGGCCCGAAAGAAGAAUCUCUCCAAGGUCAACAUGCUCCCGUUUCAGAAACAGGAAGAAAAAAGUAUCCCCAUAAAGGAACAAACCUUGAUGAGACUCUGAAUCAUUCAGGGGGCUUUGCUGGAGAGACAACUCCCUUGACCGUGUCCCUCCUCAACACGGAUACUCCAGGAGAAGGCCACUCCUUACAGGAGCAAAGGAAGAAGCAGCACGAGGAACAGGAGGCUGAGCAGGAAAAGAAGCCCUCCCAGCCCCGGAAGCGAUGGGAUGAAGACCCCAGGCAGUUUUUUGGGAACCAAAUAUCCCCUCCAUCCAUCAGGCAGGAAACCGAUCCCUGGAGAGCAGGUCUUUCUCCAUUGACCAGGUCUCACCUUCAUCCACCAAAGAUAUCUCCUGCCUUCGGAGUGGAAUCAGCCUUAAGUGAACUUGAGAACUCUGUUUUCCAUAGAUAUCCCUCUGGAGCCACCGGCCUGGCAGACCUUCUCUCUCCAGGCUCAGAGAGGAAGGGCGAGGAGGACCCUCUGCUUCUUAGUAACCUUCAGUUUGGUGACUAUGUGACCAGUCCACAGUAUGACGCCGACACUGAAGCAGCUAGGACUGGCUCCUUGACCUCUUUCCUUUUGAGGGAAGAGGGCGGCUCCAAGCCAGGCACACAGGUCAGACAUCCUGACGUAGUGGAAGAGCCUUUCAUCUCCUUGUCCAUCUCUGAUCAUGCAGGAAGCAAAAAGCCCUCUAAGGAAAGCAUCCCACUGCCGGCCAGUUUGGCGUUCAGGAAAGAGGACCCUGAUUGUUCAGAAGAGGCAUUCACGCUGACGUUCAGCAGCGAGGAAAUGGCACUCCAGAGUAAAGAAGCGUUGGGAAGGCAAUCUGUGCUCCAGAUCCAUCGGAAACAGCUGGACGAGAUGGCAAACCUGUGCUUUCGGGAAGAGAGUCUGAUCCGUAAGAUGCCAGAGCUGGACUUUGAGGACUUUGUGACGAAGCUGGAUGAAAUCUUGACCCUGAAGUCCAAGUGCAUCCAAAGGAUGCGGACCCAGCUGCAGCCCUUCCUGGCUGCGUCUUCCAACGAGACCACGCUCUCAUCAGCUUCCCCAACGUAGCUGUGAUGAAGCAACGAAGGCCUCAAAUCCUUCAUGUAUGGCAAUCAGCAAAGACUUGAGAAGCACCUGGUACGUUUUGGAAGACCUAAGAAGAAAAACAGCCUGUGUGUGUCCAUUUCCUAACCCUCACCUGCAGCAACAGAGGUGGUCUUUUCAUCCCUUAUGAUAAGUGACUCCAUACUGUCAUUGGUUCUAUUUCAAAGCCAUGCAUUGAGAAAAGGAGGUUAUCAUCUCUGAAUGCAUGAACUGCAGCAAUAUAUGGACUGAAAUGGUCAGGUGAGGUACACGACCUGUUGUGAGCAGUGCAGGACAGGAUCCCCCGAAGACAAUUAGUACGAAUCAUGCCUAUAAGCUAUUAUUCCCUUUCCCUCAGUACCAAAUCUACCUUGGCUGUAUAAUUGGAGUUUU